AUGAAGAACCAAGUUGCUAGUCAGAUUGGGAUGGAAGACGAAACGGAAAGCUGCUUCGCUUCACCCGGAUCCAUCUUCUCCAUUGUCGACAACAUUCACUGGGCGAUCGCCAGCGCUAGACACAACAAAGCUUAUGUUCUUCGAUUUGUACCUGUAGUUCAACGGAUCACCAAAGUUCUGAACGGUGCAGAUGUUAAGUUUAUCCGCCAAGCGGAAUUCUACAGCGACCUGAGGGAAACUCUGUUCAAGAUGGAAAGCCACGUGAAAGAAAAUUCCACGCGUGGGAAAUGGAUGAGCAAGCUGUUGGCGAAGAAGAACCAGAAAAGUGUUGAAGAAUUUGAAGAGCAUAUUGAACAUCUUAUUACUCGAAUUGUCUUCUCGUUUGCGCAACGAGUUCAACUAUUGAACAUGGCUCGCCAAAAACGACAAAGAAGAAGGGCCUUAUCAGAAAUUCAAGAGGAAGACGAAUCAAGCGAGACACGUAGCAACGGGACCGCUUGUUCUAGCUCAUCCUUCGAGGAAGAGCCAUCCAGUGAAGAAGCAUGUCAAGAGGAAUUUACAGGAGAACGUUAA